AGGUUAAUCCUGGACUCUUUAUAUGCUGUGUGAAGCUAUAUCUAUGCCUAGGUAUUGUACACCAUCCCUGGAGAGCUAAGACUGGAGAACAGAUCCAACCUUUUAAUCACUUAAAAGCAGAUUCGUUCACAACCAGGACUCGGAACAAUGGCUUCAGUAUAUCUUGACAGCAGCAUCUCUGUCAACUGAGCAUGUGCCGGAGAGAUUGGCCAAGCCUAGUGGUCGUGAAUAACACAUGAUGCCAUUCGCACACACGACACACAGCCCCGGACCGCACGGGUGUUGAGAGAAAAGCGACAGUGUCCUAAAUAUACGCGAAGGACAGAGGAUCGCACUGUGGGGUGCCGCGGUGCUAAGCAGCCAUCAUGGACACCACUACGUCGAUAAAGAUGACCACUAUAGCCAUCCAGAACCUCUUCAGUUAUGUGGAGGAGGAGAACCUGGCUGCCAUAAAGGCCCACCUGGAUAAGUUCAAAGAGGUGGACGGUCGCAGUGACAAUGGGCAGACUCCUUUAAUGCUGGCUGCAGAGCAGGGCAGUUUGGAGAUUGUCCAAGAGCUCAUCAGGAGAGGUGCCAAUGUCAACCUGGAUGAUGUGGACUGCUGGUCUGCCUUGAUCUCCGCAGCCAAAGAGGGGCACGUGGAUGUGGUGAAAGAGCUUCUGGAGAACAGCGCUUAUAUCGAGCACAGAGACAUGGGAGGCUGGACUGCUCUGAUGUGGGCUGCAUAUAAAGGUCGUGUGGAGGUUGCAGAGGUUCUCCUGGAGAAUGGGGCCAAUCCCAACACCACAGGACAGCAGUACAGUGUAUAUCCCAUCAUCUGGGCUGCCGGAAGAGGCCACGCUGAAAUCGUCAAGAUCUUGUUAAAGCAAGGAGCGAAAGUCAACUGUUCUGACAAGUAUGGCACCACUCCAUUGAUCUGGGCUGCCAGGAAGGGCCACUAUGACUGUGUGAUGCACCUGCUGGAGAACGGUGCUGAUGUUGACCAGGAGGGGGCAAACUCAAUGACGGCUCUGAUCGUGGCCGUGAAAGGCGGCUACACUGAGGUCGUGAAGGAGCUGUUGAAGAGGAACCCGAAUGUGAACAUGACCGAUAAAGAUGGCAACACAGCCCUGAUGAUCGCAGCCAAGGAGGGCUACACCGAGAUCGUCCAGGACCUGCUGGACGCAGGGACCUACGUCAACAUCCCUGACAGGAGUGGUGACACCGUGCUGAUUGGAGCUGUUAGGGGUGGCCAUGUAGAAAUUGUAAGAGCCCUGUUGCAUAAGUAUGCUGACAUCGACAUCAGAGGACAGGACAAUAAGACAGCUUUGUACUGGGCUGUGGAGAAGGGCAAUGCCACCAUGGUCAGAGACAUCCUGCAGUGUAACCCUGACACAGAGACCACUACCAAGGAUUCUGAGACUCCCUUGAUCAAAGCUACCAAGAUGAGAAACAUUGAAAUUGUGGAGCUACUCCUGGACAAAGGAGCAAAAGUGUCUGCCGUGGAUAAGAAAGGGGACACGCCUCUUCACAUCGCCAUCCGUGGGAGGAGCCGCAGGCUGGCCGAGCUACUCCUGCGCAACCCAAAAGAUGGCCGCCUGCUCUACAAGCCCAAUAAGGCAGGAGAGACACCAUACAACAUCGACUGCACUCACCAGAAAAGCAUUCUUACUCAAAUCUUCGGAGCCCGACACCUGUCCCCCACCGAGACAGACGGAGAUAUGCUGGGCUAUGACCUGUACAGCAGUGCUCUGGCUGACAUCCUGAGUGAGCCCACCAUGCAGCCCCCUAUCUGUGUAGGCCUGUAUGCUCAGUGGGGCAGCGGCAAGUCCUUCCUGCUCAAGAAACUAGAGGACGAGAUGAAGACGUUUGCAGGGCAGCAGAUUGAGCCGCUGUUCCAGUUCUCUUGGCUCGUGGUGUUCCUGUCACUCUUGCUGUGCGGCUGUGUGGCUCUGCUCCUCGGUUUCACUGUGGACCCCAACCUGGCCAUUGCUGUCUCCCUCAGCCUGCUGGCUCUGCUCUAUUUGUUCUUUGUGGUUGUGUACUUUGGGAGUAGGCGCGAGGGUGAAAGUUGGAACUGGGCUUGGGUUCUCAGCACUCGGCUCGCUCGCCACAUCGGUUACUUGGAGCUACUGCUCAAACUCAUGUUUGUUAACCCUCCAGAGCUGCCUGAACAGACCACACGGGCAUUGCCUGUCAGGUUCCUGUUCACAGAUUAUAACAGGCUGUCCAGUGUUGGUGGAGAGACCUCCAUGGCGGAAAUGAUCGCCACGCUCUCUGAUGCCUGUGAGAGAGAGUUUGGUUUCAUGGCCUCCAGACUCUUCCGCGUCUUUAGGACAGAGGACACUCAAGGCAAAAAGAAAUGGAAGAAGACAUGCUGCAUCCCAUCCUUUGUGAUCUUCAUCAUCAUCCUGGGUUGCCUCAUCACGGGCAUGGCCUUGCUGUCUGUCUUCAGGGUAGACAGCCAGAACCAGACCGUGAAUGCGGUGCUGGUUGCCAUGGCGAGCGUGGUGGGCCUGGCUCUUCUGUUGAACUGCAGGACAUGGUGGCAGGUGACUGAUUCGGUACUGAACUCGCAGAGGAAGAGGCUGCACAGUGCCGCUAAUAAGAUGCAAAAACUUAAGAGUGAAGGCUUCAUGAAGGUGUUAAAAACCGAGGUGGAGCUCAUGGCUAAAAUGGCGAAGACUAUCGACAGCUUCACCCAGAAUCAAACGCGUCUAGUUGUCAUCAUCGAUGGUCUGGAUUCCUGUGAGCAAGAUAAAGUCUUGCAAAUGUUGGAUACGGUGAGGGUGCUGUUCUCCAAAGGUCCAUUCAUCUCGAUCUUUGCCAGUGACCCUCACAUUAUCAUUAAAGCCAUCAACCAGAACCUGAACAGUGUAUUGCGUGACUCCAACAUCAACGGCCACGAUUACAUGCGCAACAUCGUACACCUGCCCGUCUUCCUCAACAGCCGGGGCCUUAGCAGUGCUAAGAAGAUGUGUGCGCCGGCCCCAGCCAACGGAGAAACGGGCAAUUCGGAGGGUUGGCAUGAGGAGCUGGACAGGAAGCUAUCCCAAAACAGUCUUGGUGAAAUGGCUAAGCUGGGCAGCAAGACCACUUUAAAUCGCAGGGACACAUACCGGCGGCGUCAGAUGCAUAGGUCAGUCACACGUCAGACGUCCUUCGACCUGUCCAAGUUGCUGGUGACUGAGGACUGGUUCAGUGACAUCAACCCUCAGACCAUGAGGAGACUGCUCAACAUUGUGUCUGUCACAGGUCGACUACUGAGGGCCAAUCAGAUCACGUUUAACUGGGACCGGCUGGCAUCCUGGAUCAACCUGACUGAGCAGUGGCCCUACCGUACAUCAUGGCUUAUCCUUUACCUGGAGGAGACUGACGGAAUUCCUGAACAGGCCACACUCAAAACCAUCUACGAAAGGAUUUCCAAGAACAUUCCCACCACUAAAGAUGUAGAGCCUUUGCUGGAGAUAGAUGGAGAUGUGCGGAGUUUCGAGGUGUUCCUUUCCUCGCGCACCCCAGUGCUGUCUGCUCGAGACAUCCGCACCUUCCUCCCCUGCACGGUCAACCUGGACCCUAAGCUCCGAGAGAUUAUAGCAGAUGUUCGUGCUGCACGGGAGCAGAUGAACAUGGGUGGGGUUACGUAUCCCACACUUCCCCUGCAGGACCCUGCUGUCCGUCCCACAUCCAUCUACAGCCAGCAUUCCUCAGCCUGCUCGCCCUCCGCCUCAUACAACGGCCCAUACAACGCGAGUGGUGUGUCCCCUCAGCCCCACAGUGCCUUCUACAGCGGCAUAGCCGGCCCUCAGCACCCCUAUUACAACAGGCCUUAUUUCCCCCACCAUUUUUAUGUGCUGCCCCGGCAGUACACUGGCAGCUCCCAUCCCACUUACAUCCCUGCACCUCCACGCCCAUUCAUUAAAGCGACACAUCCCAGGGAGCCUAGCUCUGCAAUCUUUAAGGUAGCGUCUUUGAAAAAGAAGCAGGGCACCGCUUCCGUGGUGUCAGGCGCCCCAUCCGUGCUGCUCAGCUCCAUGAAUACAGACAUGGUGUGUGAGCGGCUCAGAGUGAUGGAGGGCAUCGACCAAGGCAUGCUGGCCCAAUACACUGCCACUAUUAAGAAGGCAAAUGUGAAUGGACGGGUGUUAUCCCAGUGUAACCUGGAUGAGCUGAAGAAAGAGAUGAACAUGAACUUCGGAGACUGGCAGCUCUUUAGAGGAAUUGUGAUGGAUUUGCGUCACUUGGAGAGCCAAGUCAUGCAUGAAGAGGCCCCCAGCGAGCAGGGCAGCAGCAUGGUGGGUCACGGAGAGACUAGUAGGAAUCGUGGUACUUCUGGCCACGGAGGACCUGCUAACACUGAUACCUCACCCAUGUACAACUUCAACCUUAGCUUUGAGGAGCUCUCUAAUGUGGGCCUGGAUGAGCUUCAGAGGAAUCCCAAUCCUCCAUGGAUGAACACUACACAUCGCACUCCCAGCAUGUCCAGUCUGAACUCUCAGGAGUCCUCCAAUGAGAUCUGCAAACUCACUGACAAGCAACAGGCCGAGUACCGCAAUGCCUACCAGGAGUACAUCGCCUCAAUGGCGGGGCUUGAGGCAACCGGUAGUGGGGCGGAGAAGCCUGUGCAGCCCCAUCCGGGCCAGUUUAUGCACUCCAGCUCUGAUGAUAAGAAUAAAGACGGAUGCGAUCAAGAUGGACGCAAGUCGUACUCUAAGCGAGCUGGUGGAAAGCCAGCGGUAGAUGCAACUGACUAUGCUUCCACUGAAGCUGCCACUCUAGACCCCAUCAGCGAGGAGGACGAGAAGUUUGACCACGGCUCGUCCAAGUCCCUGCUUGGACGCAAGUCCUCUGCAGAGAAGCUGGGCCUCUUCCAGAGUGCUGACCUGAAGCUGAAGGCCGCAGGAGGACUGCGCUACCAGAAACUGACCAGUGAUGACGAAGAGUCCGAAGAGUCUGAUAACACCCCCCUGAUCAAGGAUGGCAAGACAGUAGAACCCAAGCGCGGUGAGAACGACGAUUCAUCCUUAGCAAAGGGAAAAGAGUACCUCUCUGACAAGAAGGACUCGUCCGAUUCAGGCGUUCGCUCUAACGAAAGCUCACCAAAUCAUUCUCUGCAGGAUGAGGAAGCGGACCUGUCUCAAUCGGAGAGGUCCAACCUCAUAGAGCUAGAUGAGGAGAGCCUAGCCCGCAAGAGAGGCCUGCCUAAUAGUCUGAGUGGCCUCCAGGAUCCGGCGAUUGCACGCAUGUCGAUUUGCUCCGAAGACCAGUGCAGCCUCCUGGCCAGUAGCCCUGAAGAAAGCUGGCCUUCAUCUAGAAGCUAUAACCUCAACCGCACUCCCAGCAACAACACCCUCAACAACAACACCAACGCCCAGCAGGGGAACCGUCCACGCCAACCGAAUGAAAGUUCCAACACCACCGGCAGUGACGUCAUUGUAACCCCUGGAUCCAGCACCACGACCACCACAUCCACACCUACCACCCACAACGAGAACGUACGUGUAGUGCACUUGAAGAGAGGCCUGAACCCUGGAGACCCACCUGAGAUCUGCACCGUCUCCACUGACACGGUGGUCUUCAGCGAGGAGCGCGAGAGCAUCCUGUGAGAACCUGCACCCUGGUCCUGGCAAGGUGUUUUAAACAUGCGGUGCCGCUCUCAAGAUUUAGAUGUUUUGGUGUAGUGAUGCAUGCUCUGUGGAAUGUGUAAACCUGUUGGUUCAGUGAUGUCUCUGUAUUUCAGUAUUGAAUAGUGGUAGUCCAUCCACUGUAGUUUACCUACUUAAAUGCUGCCUAGAUCCUUGUGUUUUUUUUUUUUUUUUAUUACGUAUUUUUAAGAAUCAUUUUUACAUUAUUUAAUAGUCCUUUUUGUGAAGUAUACACGUAACAGUAUUACUGCUUUAAUCUCUUUUUGAAAACUCUAACUUGGCCAAGGUGAACAUGAGCGCUCAGGCCAUCUACUAGAAUCACACCGGUAAUCGUGGGCUAUAAUCAAACACAUCGGCUAACCCUUACUCACUUCAUCAGAUAAACUGAUCGUCCUACUCAUCAUUUAUUCAGUUACACUGCUGUGUUGUGUUGUGUUGUGUUGUAUUGAGUGUCAGUUGCAUGCUUCCUGUCAAAAUAUGAGAGGUUUUGCUUAAACUUUAACCGCAGGACUAAAACAACAACAACAACAACAACAACAACAACAACAACAACAACGUCCUUCGGCUAAAGUCAUCUCUUACGGUUAAAGGUAUUGAUUGUUCGGGCACGCUACAGAUCCCGACGGGAGAGUCUAUAAAGUUCAAACAACCCUGAAAAACAUUAGGAGUAGUGUCCCGCAUGUCUUGCUUGCUGCAUUAAAUGAAGUGAAACGUAAGCAGUUGCAUGCACUACGCCGUCAUCGUGUCUGUUUACUCGUAUUAGCUGCCUAAGGCAAAGAAGUGGAUGUGAGAACUGAACUGUCUACUAUAUGAAGAAAAAUAAACGCGUUAUAAUGACA